AGUGGACGCCUUCUUAGAUCGAGACUCGUGGGACAUCGGUUUGAGCCAGUCCACGUGCAGAAGGCGUGUAUUGUCACGGCUUCUCACCGUCACUCCGGUGAAGUGUCAUAAGGCGCCUUUUAACCUUUGACACCGACGCUCGAUCGUACAUACGCGCCAGCGAUCUCCAAGAGGAGGCUGCGUUCGCUGUCAUCUUCUGUAGAAAAAGUUUCCACGAUAAAUCGAAGCUAUCGCAAGAGAAACCAGUGAUAUCAAAAUGGCGGUGCUUACUUGGGAUCUCAAAAUUGUUCGAAACACCAUGCCGCUCGCGGAAGCCGUCGACGAAGUGAGAGAUUUGUGAGAGAAAUUCGGCCAUGAAUAACAUUUACUAUCUUCAAGAAUAAGGAUUUAUAAUCCGGGAUUAAUCGGUAAUCAAAUCUGAACAAGUGCUUUCGAAAUUUGAGAUUUUUUUUCCAGAGAAGUUGAAAGUUUAUUACCUACUCAUAUGAAAAAGAAGAACAAAAAGCUAGCGUUUCAGAAGAAAUUAUCCGUGUGCCCAUUAAUUCCUCAAACGUUUUUGCAAGUGAAAUUGCAACUAGUCGAAUCUCAUAAGAGAAACUUGACUUACAGCUUCGAACUAAGUCAAGUUUCUCUUCGAAUAAUUUCGGAGAAACUUGAUUUAGUCUUCAGUUGUGCGAUCUCUACCGUUCUUCAUCGAUCGUUUAAUGGAGAAGGACCAUUCGUGAAUUUAUUCCCAAACCGUAGUGCGUCCCUUUUAACUUUCAAGUGUGCAGUGAGAUCGUGACGAUGCGCAAGGUAUCCUCGAAGUGACGAAGCGGAAGUCAAAGUCGAUCAUGAAGAUAGUGCUCGGGGUGCUUCUCAUCACCGUGGCGAGCGCUUUCAAUCACCAUGACACCUAUUCGUGGAAACGCAGGGACGAUUGCAAGAUCACGGCCGCGAGCCGAUCGAUCGCACCGGUCAAAGUUAAAGAGACUCGUCCGCAGCGGGCCGACGUGCAUCGAUCGAGAUCAUCGAACUCGCGCGAGGCCAAUCCUCCCCAAAAUUCGCCGAGAAGAUUCGCGGUGGUCGAGGAUUCGGACGAGCAUCACGAUCUCUGGAAGCCUGAAGUCACUAGAACGAGACAGGAACUCACGCGCGAGAAUCGAGCCAUCGAGAGUACCCUGAAGAAUGUGAUAGGUAGACCGUCCAAGGUCGAACAGUAUCAGUAUAUUUCGAAUUUUCCGUACGGCGGUGACGGCGCCACCGACGCCAUAUUGGAGAACGCGAAUCAGCCGAAGAGCUCGGUGUUCUCCAAAGACACUCAAGAUAUUCAUUUCUUGAAUCAUAAUACAGAAGAAGUGGAUUGGAGCGGGCAGGAGGUAUUCGAAAAUGACCCGCAGGAAGAGGAGGAAGAAAUAAAUAUCCAAGAAAUACUAAACGAAAUGAAACGAAAGAGAUUAAAUGGAGUGAAUUUCGAGGAAACGGUAGACGGAAAUCGACAGGGUAGAGGGAGAAAGCUCACCAGCCAGCAGCAAGGUGCCUUGCUGGUGGAGGCCCUCAAGAAGAAACGAAAUUACACCAAUGAUCAUAGAGGACACAGCUCCAAUCUCCAGAGCGGCCUUAUGGAGAUGUUGGGCAGAAUGAUACCGCAAACGUGCAAGUACAAGGGUGCGAAGUUCGAGUGCGGCCUUAGCUUUAGCUGCGUUCUAGGCGGCGGUCGGCCUGUCGACCUGUGUUCCGGAGGUUUAAUAUGGAGCUGCUGCGUAGACGACGAUGACGUACCCGAUAAAGUACCACGACCGACCGUGGGUUUGCUGCAGAAUGCCAGCUGUGGCGAGCUCUACACGAGAAGCAACAGGAUCGUAGGUGGACACUCGUCCAGUUUCGGCAGCCACCCGUGGCAGGCCGCCAUUAUCAAGUCGGGAUUCUUACAGGCCAAGAAGCUGUCUUGCGGCGGCGCCUUGCUGAAUAACCGAUGGGUGGUUACCGCGGCGCACUGUGUCGCGACGACACCAAAUAGCAAUUUGAAAGUGCGACUUGGGGAAUGGGACGUUCGAGACCAGUCGGAACGACUCCUCCAUGAAGAAUAUAAUAUCGAGAGAAAAGAGAUACAUCCGCAAUACUCUCCUACCGACUUUCGAAAUGAUGUGGCUUUGGUGAAGCUGUCCCGGAUGGUAGCUUUCAAGCAGCACAUCGUCCCGGUUUGCCUGCCGGCGAGGAAUUUGAAGCUCUCCGGCCGAACCGCAACCGUCGCUGGUUGGGGACGAACCAGACAUGGUCAAACUUCGUCGCCAACCGUUCUUCAAGAAGUCGACGUCGAGGUAAUACCAAACGACAAAUGUCAGAAGUGGUUCAGAGCAGCCGGUAGGAGAGAAACCAUUCACGAUGUAUUUCUCUGCGCAGGAUAUAGACAAGGUGGACGAGAUUCUUGUCAGGGUGAUUCGGGCGGACCGCUCACAAUGUCGGUGGAAGGCAGACACGUUCUGAUCGGUUUGGUUUCCUGGGGCAUCGGUUGCGGUCGCGAACACCUACCCGGUGUGUAUACCAAUAUCCAGAAAUUCGUGCCCUGGAUCGAUAAGGUUAUGAGCUAAGUGGAGGAACCUCAGUCCUUCGAAGGACGAACUGCUUUAUCCGAGAAAAGGAAGCACGAGUAGAAGGAGGUGGAAGAAGAUAAGGACGUGAAGUUACCAAAGUCUUAUCUCAUUUUUUAAGGACUUUUACAAUCGUGCUCGAUUAUAAAGAAUAGGCACUCUUUCGAAAGUGCCAAAAAGCGUAAUGCUUUUCAAAGUUGUUGUCCUAUGAAGAUCGUUAAGUAUAAUACUCGAAAGUGACAAUAAAAAGUUAAUCAAAGAUUACAGUCGAUGUAUCUCAAGGACUAAUUAGCUACGCUAGAAUGCAGUUCUUGAGAUGCUAAUUAAUAAUAAUAAGUAAAGAUAUUUAGUAUAAAGAUCAUUUAAGUUUCUUGCGAGCGUUGUUGUUACUCGUAUUAUAUUAAAUAAUUUAUUGUCAUACGUGUAUAUUAAAACGAAAAGAUUGAUUCCAAAUUUAGAAGCAUUUGUCUUUGUAUUAAUACGACAAAUGUUACUGACAUAAAUUCUUUUUAUAAUAUUAAUCUAUGUUAGGUAGGAAAUUUUAAGAAUUCAAGAAAUAAAUAUUUU